CUUGGUCAAGUUAGCCAUAGAAUGGACUUUUCCUGCGCCCAAAGGGGAAAAACGUACUCAUGCUGAAGAUAACAUAGUGGAUGCCGUGAAGCGUGCCAAAAUCACGCAGGUGUCACCAUCGCAGCUGGCAGACCCAAAAUAUUACAGAUCCUUGAACAAAGACCCGGAGGAAUGCGCCAUCGAACACCGUCGUGUCUAUAACUCCAAGGAACCUCUUGAUCGCGAGCUUUCUCACUUCAUGGACGACUCCCCUCCGAUCUCAUUUCAGUAUAAAGGAUUCGGUUGCUUCCUUGACAUCUUCCGUGGGUACAAGGGUGUUCUGGGCACGGAGAGCGUGUCAUCCCAAAAGUUACGAUCGGCUGUCGACAAAUUCGCGGAGUUCAUGUCGCUUGUCUACGAGGAUGAACAAGCCAGAAUGGAGGAAGGCUUACUUGCUUUGAAUAAGAUAUUUUCUGCGCGUACCGAUGGUUUCUCUUUUACGUUAAUGGCCACCAACGUUGACAAGAACAGCCACUCAGGUGCAUGUAUCCUCGGACCACACGGAGCAGGGUACUGCAUCACCGAGUUCAAAAAUGAGGCCAGUGUCUCAGCUAUCCCGAGCGUAGAAAUGGCUGGCUAUUUCGCUCAGACAAUCAAGACAGCAGUGGAGAAUGGUCUUUCUCCGUUAGUGAUGAGUGGUUGGGGUUUACCAUGUCUUGGGCUAACCAUUAUCGGUUACACUGUCACGUUUUAUGCUAUGAUUUUCCUCGGUCGAUGGCGGGUGGUUAACCUGACGCCGGGACUGUCGUGCCUUUGGGCUUCGAGUGACGGUGACGACCGGAUCGCACUCUACAACGCAUUCACAGCGGCCUCUGUCCUCCUUGUUCGCAUCAGCCAAGAGGCCAUGCAGUCCAAAAUUGUCGAUUUUUUUUACGACCGGGUUCCUGACUGCCACCUGUACGUCGCAGAGACAACUGAGGGCCAGCAAAUCUUGGUCAAAUUUACACGCCGUUACUCGUAUGAAUUGCACAAGUUUUGUGCGGAUCGUAAACAUGCGCCCGCUCUUUUGGGCUUCCAGAGGCUUCCUGGAGGCUAUUUCGGCAUCGCAAUGGAGUAUCUGAAGACCGCUACACCGAUUUUGUUAUUUCGACAUGUUGAAAAACACAGUCAAUGGGCUAAAGAGCUGUGGGAGCUUGUUAAUUCUUUCCAUGCCGAAAACCUUGUUCAUGGGGACUUGCGGUGCCCGAACAUCGUCAAGGUCCGCUUAACAUUGACCUAACUGCUGGACGACACAGCACAGAUCUGAAGCUUACCAAGGAUGAUGAUGUUCGGGUCGUACAUUACAUCUUGUGGCAUAGCCAUGCGGCGAUCGGUUUUGAGCAGUCCAGCU